UGUUAGCCUCGUCGCUCAAGUGUCGGACGUGUUUGACUGUACAAGUUUCUUGUCGAUUUCACGAAAUUUAACAGUUAUCAUGGCGUCUAAAUCAGAUACAGUUGUCAAACUGUUUAUAAAGCCAUCCACCGUCAAGAAUACACCCAAUACAAUACCUGGAGCUUGCCCAAUAUGUCAGGAGUGGUUUAUGGCACUCUACUGCCUCAGCAAAGACUUUCAGAAAUUCGAAUUCACAGCGGAAUUGGUCACGGAGCUGCCCUCAACGGAUUGGAUAAAAACGUCACUGUCUAAACCACCUGGAAUCUUGAUCUUGAAAGGAACGGCACCAAAUGAUGACGACCUGACAGGCUUAGUCUACGAUUCUUUAGACGUCUUUUUGGAAAUUUGGGAAUGUCAGGGUUUCCUGCCACCCAAGAGGUGUCCCGAACAAGGGGUAGCUGAGAAGGCUUUCCUGAACCUCUACGGUAAUUUCAAUGCAUUUCUCCGCGACUCGUCCAAAGAGACGAGCCUACUGAAAGCGUUGAACACAUUAAACAAAUAUCUGGAAGAGAAGCAAACUAAGUUUCUUCUUGGUGAUCACUUAUCGUAUGCAGACUGUACGCUCAUUCCCAAGUUACACCACCUAAAGAUUGCUGCAGAGGCAUACAAAGGCUUCACUAUCCCGUUGGAUUACAUCUAUGUGUGGCGCUACUUGAAAAAUGCCUACAAGACAUCAGCAUUCGACGAAAGCCAGCCCUUUGAUGAAGAUAUCGUUUUUAUGUAUCAGCAUAAGGCCUCUUGCCCAGCUAAAUUCAAUCCCCAAUGUCGUGACCUUCACCAAACCAAGACGGUACCAAAAGAAGCAUAUGAAGGCGAGGCGGAUGAUGAAUAAAGAGACAUUCCAUUUGAUUUGUUGUUAACUAGCCUGGCUUACCCUGUCCCUAGGUGCUACGAGAGGUCUAGGUUAUUCCGUACACGAUGGCACCUGAGAGUGAGGUUUUCUCUAUCGCAAGUCCCAUUGCACCUUGUCCCCCACAAAGCUCCAAUGAAUUAGGUUUUGGAGAUUUUUGAAAAGUCUUUUGGUGGUUUAUGUGCCCUUGGAUCUAGAUAACAUGCAUCUAAAAUCCAAUAUGAAAAUACAGAUAUCUGUUCUAACCAGGCCGUAGGAAGAUGAGUAAGUUCUGUCAAUUAUUUUGAUGACCAGAUUAUUCAAAAAAAAACUGGGAGCUUGGUGUCGUAGAUGUACUAUGUCCAAAAACACAGUCCGCUACAUCAUGGCUAUUGGGACGAGGUAUGCAGGACAACAUUAUGUAAUUCUAUAUUGGGAUUAUGACAUGUACUGCAUCAGUCAUUAUAGGUUUAGUUCUUCUAACUGACACUAGGUGCCAUUACCGCUUAUUUUGCUAAUGUUGUUGGUAAUACUAGAUUAGAUGGGAUUGAGGACAGGUGUGUUGUUAUGAUGUCCAGGUGGCACCCGUUGUUGUUCUCACUGCUUUUGGUACUACUAUGCUAGAAGAUUAUGGUACUUAAGUACCCUUUAGUUUGGGGCUGAGGAUGUUGUGUAUAAACAUGAUAAAAGCGCUAUACCUCGUAAAGUGUAUUCAUGUAGAAAUUGUCCAUGCCGAUCUACCGUUGUUGUGCGUAUAUCCAUCCUUCACUGCCGAUAAACUCCCCCCUGAUCAGCCAUCAGAAGGGCUGUUACUUUAUCGGUAGUCUCCCUGCAUUCCCUUCCUUUCCCACGCGUCCAUGUCACGACAACACUAACAUUACACUCACUCGUGGUUGUCGCACGAGAUGCGCACUGAAAGCCAUCAUAAUGGAAGACCAGGUGUUCAAUGGGUACAUUUCCAGGGAUGCUGACCUGACCCAAAUGCACUGUGCAUGUUGUAUAGAAGAAUUGUAACCUGAUCCUUAGGUUGCCACUAUCAAUUCAGGCCAUCAUUCAAUUACUUUGUCUCGAGCAAUUUCAUUGGCCACCCGUUGAUGUUUGUGCGUCUGACAGAUCUCCCGCCCUAUUGUGUCGGCGGUGAAAGGAGGAGACUUUAGGACUGACAUUUACUGCCGGUAAGUUGCCAUGAAAUUAUCCUGAAAAAUGUGAGAUUUCAUAUAAGGGCCAUUUAUCUCGUACGUGUACACAUGUAUGCAAAAUUGUCCUACAAUUUACAAAUGCCCUUCCCAUUGUUGUGAUGUACGAAAUAAACAGCUCCUAUUUAAGAUAUCUACUUAAAGGGAUUAACCGUUUGUAAUUACUUGUGGUCCAGUUAGAUAGAAAUCCACCAAUACACAAUGCCGUAGUGCAGUUAUUAUGAAUACAAAUUUCUUGAAAAUUGGUAUUUAUAGUAAUUGUAUACAUGUAUCAGUUAAACAAAUUAUAUCCAGUAUGUAUUUACGCAAUGAAAAGUAUUCAAAUUCAAUUACAAAUUAAAAAUUGUUAACUAACGGUGUAGGCCUUUAAAAAUUUAUUGCAAUAACAUAACUUGGGUAGCAGUUACAAUGGACACAGCACAAGCCUCAGAAUUUGCAUGGUUUACUUUUAACUAGGCCCAUUUCAAGUAAAUUUAAUUUCACUAUGUUGUUAUUGGUGUUUAUCUAGAUAUUCUACAACACUUUCAAUCAAUCAAGCCCACUCCAUCACUUGCAAUAGUAUGAAACAUAUCGUACAUUCUGUCGUAUAAUAAUCAUUUGGUUUAUGUUCUCUAUAAAAAAACGAAUGACUUUUGUCACAUUAUUUCAUGUCACUAUUGAGGGAGAAUGGUCUGUUCUGGGAUGCUGGGAUUGCCCCAAAAUAACUACAUGUAUUGGGAUUAGGGAAAGAUUUGCAAAGUAUCACCAACGGGAAUUGAGAUUUCCAUUGAAUAAUCUAAUCGACAGGACGAAAGAAGAAUUCAGGUUUGUAUAUCAAUCAAUAGGCCUACUGAUAUUUUAGGCAGUGCCCCUUACGUGUACAUGAUACUUGCUGUACUUUGGGCAUGCCAUUUACCUUGGCUUUUGGUCGUCGAAAAUCAUAUUGGGUCUCAUGUUGUACAUGUACAUGUAGGUAUACCGUAUACCUUUUGUUUACUGAAAAUAAGAUUGGCCCAAUGUUGUGCGUGUAUUUUCACUGUCAAGUGUUUCCUUUUCAGUCACUAAAAAUCAUCUUAUUUCUCAUCAAAACUUCUGGGAGCAUCUCAAAUGGACUGAAGCCUCAGUCACUUUUGGGAUACCCCCUUAGUCUUUGACAGGUCCUUUAUUUCUAAACUAUCUCGCACUUCACCCUUUAUGUAGGGAAUUUACUAGUGCAUGUAGACAAGAACAAAUGAAGUCUUCUUCUAUUCUUGAUGUAAGAAUCACUAAAAUUCAGUAUUGUUCAGUUUUUAUUGCUGGUCAUAAAUUAGUAGUGUCAUACCAGUCAUUGUGUGCAAAUCUGACCCAGAAUUUUUACAACUUGAAAGUGUACUACUUUUGUCAACAUCACGGUAUAUGUCAUCCUGUGCUGCCCUCUGUCUUACAUCUUAACAACAACAUUAAUGACUGCUUGUGCUGUGCUGUCGACAGAUGGCAGAGGCAGAUGGGGGCACACCCCUCCUCCCUUAGAAUUCUUAAUUGACCAGGAAUUUUUUUUGGUUUGGUACCUUCUAUGAAUCCUAACUCCGCCCUGGAUCAGUAUUGUCCAUUGUCCGUAUAUCAUUCCAAAGGAAGGCCUUCAUGCAACUGUAUGAUAACAAACACAAAUGAUUAAAGACCAGUCUUGGUACUAUGGCUGAUAUGAAUAAAGUUUAGCAAAUGCUUUUACUUCUGUUUGAGAGAAAGGCCUAGUGUAAAUGUAGGCCUACAUAGAGUUUAAGACCAAAGCAAUUGCUAGUCUAUUCAUAUCACCCAAUUUAGUGCUCGGUGGAUGCUAUGUGCUCUAAAAGGUAGUGCAAUUAAAUUUGCAUUUUAACUUCUAACAAUGUGCCACUUCAUGAAUUGGCAUCCUUUAGUGGCAUUUUAAGUCUCUAUGUUAAAUGGAAGAGAUUUAUGGAUUAAAUCUUUCUUGACCUUGCAUUCCAUAUUAUUGCUUCAUCUGAUAGGCCAAACGUACUGAUCAGUUAAAUAUGUAAUACAUGUAUAUAAAAUCUGAGAAUGAUACAGAACCUUUAUUUUUUUGCUUGUUGAGACAACACUGAUAAGUAUGAAGUUUUCACAUACAUCCCAUUUGGUGCCUGUGAAGAGUGUUUCAUGACCUAAUUUGAAAAUCCCACCCACAAUUUUCGACAGUUUUAUUCAAAAUUGUUAUGACGUCUUGAUUUAGAUUUUGAUGUCCUGACUUUUGAAAUAUUUUGGUGAGAAUUUUUUUUCCCUGUUCAUGCAUGUCAUGAUAUGCUUAAUGUAAACUGAAAGCAAGCAUUUUAUUUUCAUUAUUUUUGCGCUUAUCAAACGCAACGUUAAGGCAUGAAAAUUUCAUCCAUGAGGCAGUUGGCAGUUGGAGCGAUAUCCAGUCUACCACCAACUUUUAGCUUUGCCAAUCUUUCAAUAGCAAUGAAUAAACAGAAAGGGUCAGCUGGUCAGAGCGAAUUAUAAUGUAGUUUGUUUAGUUCAAGGUUACGUUACUUCCAAAUGUACCUUCUUGUUGAUUUGUGGAUAUUAAUUGUGCCCAGGUUCCACUUGUGCAUUGGUGUGUGUUUACCAGAUUGUUCUUGAUUUGUUAGGGAGUUGAAGUUCCAAAACUCCACAGGAUUGAGAACUGGGAAAAUACUGUGUCCACUUGUUUAAGGCAGGUAAGAGAUGCCUGUAAAAUAUGACUUUAAUGGGCCAAUGUUUAACAGAUGCACCUCAACCGGCUUAAAUGCGUCGACACAGCAUGUGCAUGUGUAUGUAGUCAAUAAUGUUAAAGGGACAACUUGGGCAUGGGUUUUACCUAGCCAGGAGGUUAGUACCCCUGCUUGACACAAUGGGCCGCCACUGGUAGUAUCACAGUAAUGACUUUCGCCAGUGUUGCGAGGCAGUUUUUGACAUGGCUUGCGAAUUUCAGGCAGGCCUAAUGCUACAUUCCGUUCUGGCGCAUUGUAUAUUUCAGUUUAACGAAGUUUCAAUGAUCUUGUUUGGAGAUGUUGCGGUCCUGCUGGAAGCCAGUUUUGUAUGCCAAUCAUAUUCCCAAGUUGGCCCUUUAACACGUUCACUGCCGCCCCAUUUUUUUGAGCGCACCGCCGUUUGCCAGGUUUUGCAUUUUGCUCCAUUGCCACACCACGAGUGUAGGCCGUCGGCCUAGAGCACACCUAGUGCAUAAUAAGCACACUCAAACGUAUAUCCCAUAAUGCUUUACAGAACGGAAGCAUAUUCACCCUUGCCAGUCAUUUGAAAUACAGUAGAACCUCCCUUAGUGGACACCUCUCUAUUAAGGACACCCUCUCUAUUAAGGACACUAGUUUUGGUCCCAAAUUGAGUGUUUCCAUUCAAUUUGACCUCUCUAAUCAGGACACCUCUCUAGUAAGGACAGUGCCUGUCACUCCCGAGGGCGUCCUUAAUAGAGAGGUUCUACUGUACAUGUACAUUCAAUAAUGCAUAGACUGCUCCGAAUAUACUCGUGCCUUGGCAAUGGAGCAGGAAACAGCUUUCGAGUAUAUUCGUGGCUAGGCAGCGAACGUGUUAAAAGGUAGUUACUUUUAAAUUUGCAGCAUUCUUCGGAUCAUAUUCCGCUUCAUUCCGUCUGUCACGACAGUGUACAUAGCUUUUUCGUUUUGUGUUUAGUUCGAGGGUUUUCCAGAUUUGAAGGGACAUGAUUUGCGUGUGGAAAUAAAUGGAGCGUUCAAUUAAUACAUCAUGUAUGCAGAAUGUUUAGCACAGGAAAGUAUUAGUGACCUUCAUAUUGACAGAACUGCCUCGUAAGUGUGUAUUGUAAGUGGUUGAAAAGAAUUGGUGUGACAUUUUACAGUACAUGUGAUCACAAUUAAAGGGACAAUAUGGGCAGCAGCUAAGCAGGCAAGAUAAAGUUUCACGGAGUCGCCAAUAGGGGUCUCUCGCAUCUCACAGUACGUCGAAAUGAUUCAUGCUUGUACGAGGAAUAUAUUUAGUGCUGAAUCUGACAUGACCCAGGGCCCUUACUGUGUAUAUUGGUCGCCUGAAGAUGACCAAAUAAGCCCCUCUGCUCCUGCCUAUAGUCCCCCUUGAAUAGUAUGUCAUGACCUAACUCUACUUUUUGGACCAUCUUCACUUCACUUCUUCACACUCCACUUCCAUAUAUUCAUAUUAUCCGUUAUGUUCAAAUAAUUGUCUUCUCAUCAAAUAGCUGCUAGGAGUGCAAUUUAGAUGUGUCUGCUCACAGAACUAUCUAUGAAAUAAAAUGAACCAUUGACAUAACUAACAGUAGACAAGACAUAACAUAUACAGAAUUGUUUUUGAGUCUGCAUGCAAUGCUUCAGUCCUGAAUUACACAUACACAGUUGUUUUUUUUAAAUCAUCUCAAAACAAAAAAAGGCUACCUACAUAAGUUUCGAAUUUUGGUUUUUUUCCUUGUCAUUCUUGCCAAUGAAAUAUACAUGUACCCAGACUUCCUUAUUUUCGUUUUUUCUGCCAUAAGAGCCCAGCUAAAUUUUUGAUGACAUUUAUGAGUUAAUCAUUCCACAUUUUGGUCCCAAUCUGGGUUCCUUCUCUUUCUAGACAUUAUACCCUAAUAUGAAAUGUAUAAAUCAAUAUAAUGUAUAGUUCAGAUAGUAAUGUCAGGUCUUUGUAAGCAGAUUACAUUCAUUUUAAUAA